AGAGUAUCGAGCCCUUAUAUAUAAGAAUUUGGAAAGGGUAGAGCGGCCAUUUAACCUAAAAGCCAUAAAAAGAAAAGCGGAGGAAGCGUCAAAAGGGUAAUAGAAAUAAGGGGAAGGUUAUGCUGAUCCCUCAUCCUUCUUUGAAGAGAAGAAGGUUCACCAACUACUACUUCGAUCCAAUGGAAGCCCAGGCUAAGCUAGCCGCUGCCAAAGAAAAGUUUGGACGGGAAAUCCGUGUGUUUGAAACAUCUCCACCAUCUUCUUCUCGAACUGAAGAGUCCAAUAAAGAGGAGACUGAUGACUUCUAUGAGUUCACUGCCGAGGAUUAUUACCGACUAUUGGCAACCAAGAAAGAAGAUAAGUUUUUGAAGACACGGAAAAUCAGAGAGGCAGAAGAGGCAGCACGCAGGUCAAAGAUAACAAAGGUUACAAUCAGGUUCCGGUUUCCUGAUAAUCACACAUUGGAGGCCAUAUUCCAUCCAUCAGAAACAAUUCAGAGGUUGGUUGAUCUUCUUCAGAAAGUGAUAACUCGGCCAGAUUUACCAUUCUAUAUAUAUACUACCCCUCCUAAAAAGCAGGUAAAAGACAUGUCACAGGAUUUUUUCUCUGCAGGCUUUGUUCCUGGAGCCAUCUUGUAUUUUUCAUAUGAUAUACCAAAAGGUGAUGAUACUGUGGAAGUCAGCUCAGGUCCCUUCCUCCAGGAAGAGAUAAUGUCUCUGAAAGGUUUGGAAUCCAUUGUGGAGCAUCAAGAGCCUGUUCAGUCUGUCCCAGAAUCGGUAACAACACAGGCACCAACCCCUGUUGUCGAAGAGCGGAAGCCUACAGAAAAGAAACCAGCCAAGCCAAAGUGGCUGAAAUUGUGACACCGCGAACUGCACAUAUGAACUUGUGAUAUUAUUCUCUAUCCUUAUCAAGCAAGAGGUCAUUGUUACUAGAUUGGAGGCAGAAGAUGGAUUUGUAGGAGGUGGCUUAAAUUAUUAAAAGCAAUUCCAUGUAUCUAAGUUGUAGUGAGAAGUACCGUUUUGCAUAAUUUGUUUAAAAGAAUGGCGGCCCUUCCGGCCAACUUAUCAAUGCAUUAUACAUAACCUUCUCUGUUUGCAUUAACAAUGGCUCAGCUAAUAAACCAUUUCCUUCCUCAUUGUUUUGGGCAGGAUGAUUAUUUGAUAA